AUGAAGACCGACGCUGUGCUAGGAGGCAGCGUGCUGAACGCUGGGCCAUUGGGUGCCGAGACGACGUAUGGAAAGCUGCCACCGUUGAACCCCGAAGAUCUGAAGCUGCCACCCCCGCCGCCGUCUGCUGCUGGUACUGUGACCGACUCUGCGAACGCCAUUUCCGUCCGGGAAGUCUGGGACGAGCUGAGAGCCAAGACGCGCGAAAUCAUUAUGGGCUCGUCCGCAUCCGGCGUCAUGUCGGCCAUGCGCAUGAUAAACUUGACGAUGGCUGGCUGCAUGGUUGUGCUCGCUGUGGGUCAACUGACGUACUCGAACUCGGCGUUCUCUGUCAUGGCAGACGCUUUCUCCGUCAUUUACACCAUCUUUUUUGCGCUGCUGCUGGUUGGCUACGAGCUCCGUACUGCCUACAUUGACAAGCUGCUGCGUGGCAGCUUUGGUUUCAUGUACAGUCCCUGGGGUCGAUGUCUCUUUUUGAGCAUGAUCUCUAUUUUUCCGUUUGGAAUGUGCGGCAUCUACGGCGUGCUCGUCUCGCUCGCAGGCUUUGCCAACGCGUACUUCAAUUACUUUGUUAUUAUGAAGCACCCAUCGUUCACGCGCGGCGUCCCGGACUACACGCCUCCUAUGCACACGCCUCCAGCCAAUUCUGCGACGACCAAGGAAGAGGACAUGACGGUCUAG